GAGUUUCUGUUUUUGGUGCGGAAAUCGUGGAGUGCGGAAAAGUGUCGCCCGAAAGAGGAAAAUUGCAGAGUUAACAACAAUAUCCUGUGUGUAAAUAAAAUCGCUUAUACAUACACACACACAUACUCGAAGAAGAAAAAAACAAAGGAGGAAAAAGCGGCAAGAUGAAUAAAACCUGUGCGCGUUGCCAAAAGGUGGUCUAUCCCAUCGAGGAGCUCAAGUGUCUGGAUAAGACAUGGCACAAAACGUGUUUCAAAUGCACAGAAUGCGGCAUGACGCUCAAUAUGAAAACCUACAAGGGCUACAACAAAAUGCCCUACUGCGAGGCACACAUCCCGAAGGCCAAGGCAACGGCCAUUGCCGAUACGCCCGAACUGAAGCGCAUCGCGGAGAACACGAAAAUCCAGUCGAACGUUAAAUACCAUGCGGACUUUGAGAAGGCCAAAGGCAAAUUUACACAGGUGGCCGAUGACCCGGAAACGCUGCGGAUCAAACAGAACACGAAGCACAUAUCGAAUGUGGCAUAUCAUGGCGAUCUGGAGAAGAAGGCGGCCAUGGAGAAGCAGCGAGGAUCCGCCGAGGUUUCCGACAGCAGCAAUGAAUCGGAAUAUUUCUCUGAGCAAUUGGCAGCUGAACAAUUCUCGCAAUAUGCACCCACAGCCUCACCCAUACCGCCAGCAGUGACAACACUACACCAGCAACAUCAGCAGCAGCAGCAGUUGCAACAGCAUCAGCAACAACAGCACUACCAGCAACAUCAGCAGCAACUGCAACAACAACAACACCAACACUAUCUGCAACAGCAGCAACAGACCCUGCCACCGCCACCCAUACAACAUCAGCAAUACAACACAGCGGCCAUAACGCCCACAUACCAACAACUCCAACAGCAACACCAGCAACAACAACAGCAACAACAGCAGCAACAGCGAGCACAGCAGCAACUGCACGAUCCCUAUGCACACUACCAGCAACCGCAGGCGCUGCGCCAGCAGCAACAGCAGCAGCUGCUGCAACAGCAAGCCAUUAAACAAGCCUCACAUCUGUAUCCCACAGCAUCACCCCAGCAGCAGCAACAGCAACAGAUGCCGCCACCUCAGACGUCGGCGAAUCCGCAACAGCAGGCGCUGAAUAGCUACAAUGAGAUGCGCUCGGCCAUACUCCAGAAUUCCCAUCAUCCCAGCGGCAAUUCCGUGGAUCAGUACGACCAGCCACAGCAACAGCAGCAGCACAGCAGCAACCCCACGAUGGUGGCUGCCCCACAGCAGCAGCAAUCGCAUCACAGCCUGCUGAACAACAAUCCCAGCAACGGCGGCAUUUCGCACAGCAACCACAGCAGCAUCAACAAUAAUGGACACGGCUCCCAAAGCCAAAUGUUGCCGCCACAAAUGAGACGCUCGGCGGCCAGUGUUGCCGGCUAUGAUAACAACAGCAAGCAACAGGUGGCAGCAGGAGGAGCAGGAGGAGGAGCACCCGCCGGACCAGGAGUUGCCCCCAAUCACCUGCAGCAGUUGUACGCUUCGCCCAAUUAUGCCGCUGUGACACCUUCGGAGAACUCGAUAAACGUUAAGCAGCACGCAAGCAAUGGCCAUGUGGCAAAUCAAAGCAAUAUCGGCAAGAUAGCGGACUACGAUCCGCUGACGGAUGGACCGAGGGUGGUGCCCAAUGCGGGCAGGUCCAGCACCACUUUGGUCUACAGCUCCGAGCCGCGGGGCAUGCAAGGUGGCAACAGUGUGUACCCCAAGCGGAUUGGUUCCGUUUCCGAUAUCGAUCCGGCUAAUGGCAUCUACGGAUCGCUGAGCGCCGCCGAGCAGGCUCAGCAGCAGCAGAAGCACCAGCAGUACUACCAACAGGUGCAGAUGAUGCAGCAGCAGGAGCAUCCGCCGCAACAGCAGCAGCAGCAGAUGCGCCAGCAGCCCUCCUACUCCUCCCUGCAGGAAAAACAGUCGCGACAGAGCGCUGCAUUGCGCGUCUAUCGGGCCAUCUACGAUUACGAGGCGCAGGACGUCGACGAAGUGAGCUUCCGCGAGGGCGACGUCAUCUUCGAGGUGGAGUCCAUCGAUUCCGGCUGGAUGACCGGACGCGUGGAGCGCACCGGCAAGACCGGCAUGCUGCCCGCCAACUAUGUGGAGCAGGCGGUUAUAUAA